AGAACUGAUACUGAACCGCCAUUGCACUCCCCAGUUUUCUCCCUGUUCCCUCUCAAACUCAGAUCUUAGUUCCGAGAGUCUCGCUCUCUUCCUAUAGUCGAAGGUCAGAGCCUAUUGCCCCCAGGAGCUGAGUCUGGUGUCCCAGUGCGUGCAGGAAAGGCAGUGGGCACCCUGGUCCGGCGAGUCGCCGGGAGCGGGGCUCUUGCAGUCCGCCGAGCCCGCGCCGCGCCCCCGCCCAUGCCCAUCCCCGGCCGCGCUGUCAGUCUCCAUUAGCGCUAACAGGCUCCAGACAGAGCGGGCCCGGCGCUGGGUUAAUGCAAUCGUCGCGUUACCUGGGGCGCAGGCUACAUUACCAGCCCGGCCCCCGCCCAGCACGGUCAGAACCAGCAGACCCGCGCCCCGCCGGCCGCCCCGCGCUUUCAGCGCUCCUCCGGCCGCGCCCGAGCGCCACACGGCGGAGCCCAGCCCCAGCCCGCGCCCCACAGCCUGGCGAGGCGAGGCGGGUCCCGGGCGGGCAGGCAGGGCGCACGGCACCCGGGAUCCCGUUGCUGCCGGACACAGCCUCUGCGAGCUCCUAGUAUUCCUGACGCUCCUCUCACCAGCCGCACCCAUGCUUCUGGCGCGGAUGAACCCGCAGGUGCAGCCGGAGAACGGCGGGGCGGGCCCGGGGUCGGAGCAGCCCCCGCGGAAGCGCAAAGAAGUCUUGGUGGUGAAAGAACGCAACGGCGUCCAGUGCCUCCUGGCGUCCCGCGACGGCGAUGAGCAGCCCCGGGAGACCUGGGGCAAGAAGAUCGACUUCCUGCUGUCGGUGGUCGGCUUCGCAGUAGAUCUGGCCAAUGUGUGGCGCUUCCCCUAUCUCUGCUACAAGAACGGAGGCGGUGCCUUCCUGAUCCCGUACACCCUGUUCCUCAUCAUCGCUGGGAUGCCUCUGUUCUACAUGGAGCUGGCUCUGGGCCAGUACAACCGGGAAGGGGCAGCCACCGUGUGGAAGAUCUGCCCAUUCUUCAAAGGAGUUGGCUACGCUGUGAUCCUCAUCGCCCUCUACGUUGGCUUCUACUACAACGUCAUUAUCGCCUGGUCCCUCUACUACCUCUUCUCCUCGUUCACCCUGACGCUGCCCUGGACCGACUGCGGCCACGCCUGGAACAGCCCCAACUGCACCGACCCCAAGCUCCUCAACAGCUCCGUGCUGGGCAACCACACCAAGUAUUCCAAGUACAAGUUCACGCCUGCAGCAGAGUUUUACGAGCGUGGUGUCCUACAUCUGCAUGAGAGCAGUGGGAUUCAUGACAUUGGCCUGCCCCAGUGGCAGCUUUUGCUCUGUCUGAUCGUCGUUGUCAUCGUCCUGUUUUUUAGCCUCUGGAAAGGAGUGAAGACAUCAGGAAAGGUCGUGUGGAUCACGGCCACGCUGCCUUACCUCGUGCUGUUCGUGCUCCUGGUCCAUGGCAUCACGCUGCCCGGCGCCUCCAACGGCAUCAACGCCUACCUGCACAUCGACUUCUACCGCCUAAAAGAGGCCACGGUAUGGAUUGAUGCUGCAACUCAGAUAUUCUUUUCCUUGGGGGCUGGAUUUGGAGUCUUGAUUGCAUUUGCUAGUUACAACAAAUUUGACAAUAACUGCUACAGGGAUGCCCUGCUGACCAGCACCAUCAACUGUGUCACCAGCUUCAUCUCUGGGUUCGCCAUCUUCUCCAUCCUUGGUUACAUGGCCCAUGAACACAAGGUCAACAUUGAGGAUGUUGCCACUGAAGGAGCUGGCCUAGUCUUCAUCCUGUACCCAGAAGCCAUUUCUACCCUCUCGGGAUCCACAUUCUGGGCCAUCGUGUUCUUCGUCAUGCUCCUGGCUCUGGGAAUUGACAGCUCGAUGGGAGGCAUGGAGGCGGUCAUCACGGGCCUGGCCGAUGACUUCCAGGUUCUGAAGCGACACCGGAAACUCUUCACGUUUGCUGUCUCCUUUGGAACCUUCCUUCUGGCUCUGUUUUGCAUAACCAAGGGUGGAAUAUAUGUGCUGACCCUGCUGGACACAUUUGCGGCGGGGACCUCCAUUCUUUUUGCUGUGCUCAUGGAAGCCAUCGGCGUCUCCUGGUUUUAUGGUGUGGACAGGUUCAGCAACGACAUCCAGCAGAUGAUGGGGUUCAAGCCCGGCCUGUACUGGAGACUCUGCUGGAAGUUUGUCAGCCCUGCCUUCCUCCUGUUUGUGGUGGUUGUGAGUAUCAUCAAUUUCAAGCCACUCACUUAUGAUGACUACAUCUUCCCACUCUGGGCCAACUGGGUCGGAUGGGGCAUCGCUGGCUCCUCCAUGGUUCUGGUGCCCGCCUACGUCGUCUACAAGUUCUUCAGCACCCGGGGCUCCAUUCGAGAGAGACUGGCCUAUGGCGUAACUCCAGAGAGCGAGCAUCACCUGGUGGCCCAGAGGGACAUCAGGCAGUUCCAAUUGCAGCACUGGCUGGCCAUCUGAACCUGGCCCCGAGGAGGAACCCUGCAGCGCCAAUGUUCAGGUCAAAGGCCGCCCCGGACACUGUCUUGGGAUUCCUCUCCGACCCCCUCUUCUUCCUCUUUUCCAAGUUACCACUGAUUUAAUGACCUGGUUUUCUUUCACCUUCUGUUCACCUGGCCCGAGGGCUGUGGGCUUUUGGAUUGCUAAGCCUCGUGGGAGAAGAGGAGAGGAGGGAACAGGAAAAAUGACUUCUGUUGAACCUCUUUAGUUUCAAGGAAGUCUCCCCCCAGUUGUGGGAACCAGCUGGGGCUGAGGUUCAUGUCUCAGGCAGAACUCCCUGCCGUGCUGGCUGGCACUUUGGGCCACAGAAGAAAUCUUCAGUCCACCAAAUCAGACAGAGGAUGUUGCUUUUUGGGUCAGACACUGUAAAACCAAAACACGAAUAAGCAGCCAGGCUGAGUUUGGGGGGCAAGGGAGUGGUAUCUAGAUCUAACCUCUCUCGUUUGCCCUGGCCAGUGCUGGACCUUGAUCAGGGAGCUUUGGGGAUAUUUGUUGCUGUUAUGCAGUCCAUGGAUAGAACCUCUGCGGGGAUCAUGAGCAUAAGUCUUCAUGGUUUCCAUUCCAAUUGACCUGGGUUUGAUUUGUGUGUGUUCUGGGACAUUCUUCUGGCUUCUGGUGCUCAGAGGGCUCAGAGCUGUGGGUGUCGUAGUAAGUGGCUUCUGCAUAGGAACCAGAUGAGUCUAUAGAGGCCACAUGGGGGUCUUGCUCUGUUAGGGACAUGACACCCAGAGAGCUACCUGUGGCUCCUGGGUCCUUUCUCGGGGACUCGGGAUAGGAAGCCAGCAAGGCCAGCUGUGUGUCUCCACCACAGGACCCUCUGCUCUCCUCACAGAGCCAGGUCAGUGUCCAAAGGCCAUCCGACAGACAGCUGUUUCUGUGUUGUUCACAGAUACCUUCAAAGCCUUUCUGUGGGAAUCCCCCCCAGUGUGGACCAGGGGUUCUUGAGUGACGGGGAGUGGGCCCUGAAAACUCCUUUUGUCUCUCUUCAUGAGAGCAGCACGGAAACCCAGGACACCGCUCCCCGGUCACUCAUAUUCCGAGCUGAGGGAGCAGGUUGGCUGUUGGGAAGCAUUUCUAGGUUGAUUUCUGAUAAACUCUCACGAGUGAUGCCCUCUGGUGGUGCGUACUGGUUAGUGUUGGCUCAUUCAGAGGUGAUUUAUAGUCGGUGGCAUCUAUUUGGAAUUUCUCUUUGUGGUAUCAGUUCCUUAUACGCUCGGAAACCUAGACUUGUGGGUUCUUGUUCUGACUGUGAGAGGCCCUGUUGCAGAAUCUUGGGGGUAAAAACGAGGCCACAUCAUUUUCACUGGGAGUACAGGGUGACACCCCAAAG